CUGGUUGCUGCUUCUGCAGACCAGACCGUCAACCAGAUCGAUAAAAACCAAAACAAGGAGCAGUCGCACAGACAUGAGAACUACUUUAACUGAGGUGGAUAGCAUUUAAUUACAACGUAAUAAUGUUCUGCUGGGGGGUAUUGCUAUUUUCUCUGCAUUGCCUAGCGUCGCUGGCCACUUUUGCUUCCUGUGAGCCGGCAGCCGCUCCUGCAGAGGCAAAUUGUGGCGAGGCAUGUUUGCAGCAGUUUAACGAGAACACGGUUGCUAAGCUGAGCGAUGCUUGUCAACGGGGUUGCCGAUUCUUUGAACUGGUGAGCAGUGCCCACGGGGUUGGUGGAAUCGAGGCAGUCUUUGGAGGACUAGAGCCGCAUCAGCCGCACCAACAGUACCCGCUCAACUCUUCCAAAGAAUCUUGUCAGUCAUCAUGCAUGGAAGCUUAUUGCCACACCAAAGAACGCUACGCGUGUCACCAGGGAUGUGCACGUAUGGCUCGAGACACUGCAAGGGCGGAAGAACGUCUGCGACAAGAAGUCCUCCAAGAAAGUGCUAGGGACCUUGCGUCCCUGGGGCCGCUACUGUCGUCGAUGCUCGGAAGAGCCCGGUUUGCUCUCCUCUUCUCCUCACAAGAGUCUCAAGACUCAGUUUUCGUGGUGCAGCAGCCAUCACCGCCGCAACCCCCCAAAACACCCUUGCAGCCACCCUCAGACCUUCUCGGCUGCCUGUCGAAUAAGUACGGUCUGCCAAAAUGGUUCUUUGGGCUUCUUGGGUUAGCUACUGGCCUACUUGCCGGCUGGCUGUGCUAUGAGCCUAUGAAAAUGGCAGCGAUUUUGGAGGAAAAGGAGGCAAUUUUACUUCUUGACGAGGAAGCAGAUGAGCUGCCAACUAAAAAAGAGCCUCUCGUCUAAUCCUAUCUUGCAGGCUAUUUCACUUGGAAAUGUAUAAGCUGCUUCAUCUCAUUUAAUUGGUUUCAAGAUAACAACCUACGGAACGGUUGUCUUUCUUAGAUACAAUAUUAAUUUCUGGCCGCUUAAGGCCUUUUCCCCUCAGAGAUGAUAGUGGAUCAAGAAGAUCCAAAUUAGAAUGCUGAUCUUUGUGACAGUAAAAUCUUUCAAUUAGUAAGAAAAACAAAAGAUACACGGUUACAGAAUAACUUUGAUGCUACAAUAAUACAAAAUCUGCUUCUCCAUAUCACAAGUAAAGUAAAGAGUGAUUUUCAAUAAAGUUCACUUCCAACUCCCUGAAAGAGCUGCCGUUUCCUGAUAUACAUACUAAUGAUACUUUCCAUGGAUCUCGUAGUGUACAAAUUUAGAUAACUCUAGGUUGGCUUGUAAAGACAUUUUGAAAUAAAUUAUUGUGAUCUCAAA